CGCUUCCUGCGGCGGUCCGGCCGCUUCCUGCCGCAUGCCGGCCUCUUCCUGCGGCGUCUCUGCAUCCGGGGGACGGAGCAGGGCUCAGCUGCAGAAACUGGUCUCCGCUGCCCGCCCCGCGCAGUGCUGCCCGCAGGCUCGUCCCGCCUGCCUCCGCUCAGGCCCCGCAUAAAAGGAUACAUGUUCACUUCAAGUAGAAAGGAGCAUGUUCCCAAAUUCUUCCAACUUGGGUCGUCCACCCUUCCCUCCAAAAUAUCAACAACAGAGUACUUUCUUCACUAAACUUCCUCUAAAUAUACCUCCUACUCUUCUUUCUCACCAGCAAAUUGUUGUUCCUCCAUUUCAUUUUCGCAGUGCACUUCUUUCUAGAACUCUUUUGAGUGGCAACAUUGAAGCUACUCCAGCUGUUACUCCGGUUGUUACACUGCAGCCAGUGAAUUAUGGAAGUGUCAGUCCAGUGUCUACGUCAGAUGCCCUGACAUCAUUUCAAGGAAGAAAGAGACAAAGUCAACAGAGUGUUCCAGAUGAUGCCAAACGGCAGCGGAUUCAUUCACAUGAUUCUGAUACAGCUGUAGUUAACCAAGCAGUGCCUUUGCCAGAAGAAAGUAGACGCUCCUUCCCAGCAUCAGUUUCAGUUCUGUCUCCAGUGUUGCAUGCACAUGGCUCACCAGCCUCAAUUGGAUGUGUCCCUCCUUUGCAAGAUACUUUGUUUCCAGAUCCUACAGAAACCAGGCUCCCUGUUGCCAAGGAUGAGUUAAGUAAACAGGUUUUGGAAUGGUUUCAAGCAUGUCGGCAACAGGUCUCUGAUUUGGACAGAAAAGAGCUUUGCAGAACAGAACUCCAGAGAGAAAUUCAGCUGAUUUUUCCACAGAGCAGACUUUUUUUGGUUGGGUCCUCACUGAAUGGAUUUGGCACUCGUACUAGUGAUGGUGAUUUGUGCCUGGUGGUUAAAGAAGAACCAGUGAAUCAGAAGACUGAAGCAAGACGUAUACUUAGCUUAGUCCAAAAACUCUUCAGUACUAAACUUUCAAGCUACAUUGAGCGACCUCAGCUGAUCAGAGCAAAAGUGCCAAUAGUGAAAUUCAGGGAUAAAGUCAGCAAUGUGGAUUUCGACUUGAAUGUAAACAAUGUGAUAGGUAUAAGAAAUACAUUCCUUCUGAGAAGCUAUGCAUUCAUUGAGAAUCGAGUUCGUCCAUUAGUACUUGUUGUUAAGAAGUGGGCAAGUUUUCACGAGAUAAAUGAUGCCAGUCGUGGUACUUUAAACAGCUAUAGUCUUGUGUUGAUGGUUUUGCACUAUUUACAGACAUUACCUGAACCCAUCCUUCCAUCCCUCCAAAAAAAUUACCCAGUGGUCAGAGUUGUGUCUCUGUACAAAAACUCUACAAACAUACUGCAUCUUCUCUAUAUACACCUACCCACAGUUUUUCAAAAUCAAAUCUGCAGCCUGAAAAUACUUCCAUGAUCUGGAGGAAACUGCUUAUCUGAAAUUGUUGGUGCUAUAUAGGAGAGACACGCUUACAUUGAGGAGGAAACGAAAGACAGAUUCUGUAUCUCAGUGAAUCCCUACUACAAAUGUGAAGGGUGAGAAGUCCUGGAAAGCCACCAGAUUAGCCCACUUCUGCAUUCUAUUGUGGUGGGGGAGUUUCCAGCUGGCACCAAGCUGAUGUGUUUUGCAGCCACUAGUUUAGAGGGAAUACAAAUCACAUCAAAUGCAGGGUUGUGUUCUGGGGCUUCCCUUUCCUCCUAGCCAGGUAAGGUAGAUGGCAAUAGCCCACCAAGUGUGUUCAUCAGUUCAUCAUUGAAGUCUAUAUAGUACGUGCUUCCAUGUCAGGACUUCACAGAUAAGCUCUAGAGAAUCUGUGGUGGAUUAAACCAUGGUGGCCGGUGAACAUUGCUGUCAUUGACACUCAGAAGGAAACUUGUGCCUGACUCACCACUGUUCAAGAAGUCUGGUGUUUUAACUGAAGUCAAGAUGAAAUUGAGUUUCCAUGAGUGCUCUGGAUGGUGAACUUCAAGGACUCUACGAUGAGCACAUCUUUGUUUCUGCUGCCUCAGCUUCAUGUCACGUCUUGCAAAGGGUGGGGCAGAAGGUGGGAUGGUCUUCAAUGGGAGUCAGCCCUUGGAAAGACACAGUUUGCUUCACACUGAGUUGCACUUUUUUAAAAUAUAAACAUGAGUAAAUACUCAUUUACAGGACUGGGGAAAAGGAUACUUUAGGUGUGUCAAGACAUUAUGCUGAUGUUACUACUAAAUUAUUUUGAAUGAAGGAUCUUGUACAUUCAGAGUUAAACUCACUAUACAUCAAAAUACUCAAAUACAAACUCUAUUUUGAUGUACACUUGUGUUCCUUUCCAGUGUGUAAGGUGGAAUGAGCAUACUUAAAAGCAUUAUGUAGCUUGAACAUGAAGCAUGUUGCUGAAUACUGGUGUUUCUUGAGAAAUCAGCCAAUCAAGGUAAAAAUUAGAGAUCCAGCAAAAAAGGAGAAAAUACUUUCAGAUCUCUUUAUGGGAUAUCUUAAAAUUAUGGAGAGCUCAUUUAUAUUUGUUGCUCAAUCAGAUCCUGAAUCUAAUUUAUCUUUUGCCUUCUAGAGCAAGUUAAGAAAAGAAAACGUACUUCAAAGGGUGCUUUGUAAUUCUGUUCUUUUAGCAACCUUACCUAUGUGCAGAAUCUGUAAGCUGUACCUUGUUUUGUUUGUCUAGUUACUCCCUGAGACCCUCUAGUGGAAAGGAAAAUACUGUUAUUCUUGUUUUACAACAGGUGAAUGGAGAUGAGUUGAAGCUAGGGGAUUAUCAUGGGUUGCCUGUGGCAAAGCAGAAAAAAGUAUCUAGGUAUCCCUUAGCUGGUCUGACGUCUUGUUCACUGGACACUGAGUGAUUCUUUUGUUAAGAAAUGACCUUAAAUUACAUUGGUAAUUGAAUUACUGAAUAUUGGUAUAUCUUGACAGAAGUCUUCACUAAAUCUUGCCAAUUUUAAGUGGCAAUUAAUUUGGUUUUAUGUGUAGAACUUUCUAAUAUGGUAAUAGCAACUUCUUACAUAACAAAUUUUUUGUAUUUCAGAAAGAUUAAACACUUGGUUUUGCCUUCUCUGUGGGGUAAUCAACUGCCCACAGUGCAUAAAAAAUAAAUAUAUUAACAGUAUCACAAAAAUAAUUACUAUAUUGCUUUAGUUACCGUUAAUAAGUCUUAUUUUCUUCCAGAAAAGUAAUAAAAGUUAUGCCUUCUAUUUUGCAAUACUCAGUUGUCUUUUUAAGAGCAAUUUUUUAGUGACAUAACCAGUAAACCAAGUGGAAAUGAGAAUUACUUACAUGUGUCUCUUAAACUAGGUGGUUGGGGGUUGUACAAGCUAUAGCCUGUAACCUGUGUUUUUACUAAUGCAUGUGUCUAGAAUAAUAUGCGUGUAUUUUCUUGAAAGCAAAAGCCUUUCUGAGUAAGAAAACUUUUGAUUUGUCUGAGAUCUUAUUGUCUGCCAAUAAAAAAAUAGCUUUUUUUAAUAUGAAAAAUAAUAAAAUAAAGCCUAACUCUUUAGCUGCUGAGGAUAUCAACCUCACUGUGAUGGCAGAAUUCUCUUGCAGUUGAGAAGUUCUCAGGCAAUUAAAUAUUCAAAGUGUAAAAAAAUUAAUCUUGUCUUCCUUUUCUACUGCCUCCAAACACUUACUAUUCAUAGUAGUCAUCUGUUGUAAUUCCAUUGCACUUUUGUUUUGUAUUUUUGUAGGUCAGUGGC